UCGGAGGGAGAGAUCUUUGCUUAGCGGGAGGACGAGUGCUUCUCCCCCUCCUCUUUCUCUUUCUCCUCCUCCUUCUUCUUCUUCUUCUUCUUCUUUGGGAAAAGGGAUUGAUUGCGUGCGAACGAGGCCGCGCUCGCUAGCUCUGAGCUGAGCUGAGCUGAGCUGCCACUGCCAGUACUGGCUGGAGUGGACAGGUUUUGUGGCGAGUACUAGUCCCAACUCCCCAGCAACAAGCGGCAGGCACCGAGCAGCCAGCCAAUGUAUUCCUCGCACAGGAGCAUCAGCAGCUGCGACAAGACGCCGCCGUGCAAGAAGCUUCACAGGCACAGAAUCCCACACUGAUGGCUGCACCCUACUCUCCAUCUCCAUCUCCAUCACAUCCCACUGCUGCUGCCCUUGUCCUGCUACUGCUGCUGCUUCAUGUCGCGCUUCUUGGCAAGUGUGCGGCGGCGGCUAACGUGACGUUCGGGCCGGGGGAGGAACUCCGGAGGUACAGGCGGGUCCAGGCGCUCCUCACAAGGCUCAACAAGCCGUCUCUCCGGACCAUUCAGAGCCCCGACGGCGACCUCAUCGACUGCGUGCCGGCGCACCUGCAGCCGGCGUUCGACCACCCCAGGCUGCGCGGCCAGAGACCACUGGGCCCGCCGGUGCGACCGAGUGGACACCACCGCCGCCCCAAUCACACGGCGGACGCCGGAGUGCAGCUUUGGGCGAUGUCCGGCGCGUCGUGCCCGGAGGGGUCCGUCCCGGUGAGGAGGAUUACGGAGGCCGACGUCCUCCGCGCCAGCUCCGUGAGGAGGUUCGGAAGGGUGCCCACGGCCAGAGUACGGCGUGACACGGUCGCCGGCGGCCACGAGCACGCGGUGGGGUACGUUGCCGGCGACGAGUACUACGGCGCGCGUGCGAGCAUCAACGUGUGGGCGCCCAAGGUGAGCACGCCGACGGAGUUCAGCCUGUCGCAGAUCUGGGUUAUCGGCGGCACCUUCAGCAACGAUCUCAACACCAUCGAGGCCGGAUGGCAGGUGAGCCCGCAGCUGUAUGGGGACAACUCGCCCAGGUUUUUCACUUACUGGACGACGGACGCGUACCAGACGACGGGGUGCUACAACCUGCUGUGCUCAGGGUUCGUGCAGACCAACAGCCGGAUCGCCAUGGGGGCGGCCAUCUCGCCCACCUCCGGCUACAAAGGCGGCCAGUUCGACAUCAGCCUCCUGAUCUGGAAAGACCCCAACCACGGCAACUGGUGGCUGGAGUUCGGGUCGGGGGAGCUGGUGGGUUACUGGCCUAGCUUUCUGUUCAGCCACCUGGCGUCGCACGCGAGCAUGGUGCAGUUCGGCGGCGAGGUGGUGGACACGCGCGCCGAGGGGUCGCACACGGCCACGCAGAUGGGGAGCGGGCACUUCCCCGGGGAGGGCUUCGGCCGCUCCUCCUACUUCCGCAACCUGGAGGUGGUGGACUGGGACAACAGCCUCAUCCCGCUCACCACCUUCCACGUCACCGCCGACCACCCCAACUGCUACGACAUCCAGGGCGGCGUCAACGCCGUAUGGGGGAACUACUUCUACUACGGAGGGCCAGGGAGGAACGUCAGGUGCACCUAGCUAGCUGCUUGCUUGGAUAGUCGUAGCCACAACAAAUUCAUUUUUCUUUCUUUAUUUCUUUCUUCCUGAAAGUUGUUCAUCUUCUACAGUUGUGCACCUAGCUUAGCUAGCUUGCGCGUCUUCUACAGUUUAUUUUCCAACCAAAGGGAAGGUGGGUUCACUAGUUGUAAAACAUGGGUCUCCUGAUCUCAACAGUGUAGUGUAGCUUCGUUUCAAAAACAAUGUACUACUGUACUAGUGUAGCCAACUCAGUAGUACUACUCCAGCACAUACUACAUGCAUGCAUGCAUCAA